UAACAAUACAAAGGCCGGCCGGAAUAUUAUUCCUCCAAUUAGAUUCCGUCCUCAGCCCCGCCCUCUCUCUCUCUCUCUCUCUCAGCCCCUCAACUCCGACCUCAUAAUACUUAUACGAACCAAAACCAUUCAUCUCUUAUGCUUCUUCCUCAUUCAUCUUUUCUCUCUGUUUCCCAGUGUUUUGGAGUCCUUGAUAAAGAAAUCCCACGAGUUUCUUUUGCGCGUUGGGUAUCAAACUCGCCGGAAUUGUAGUGAUUUUGAGGGGUUACCAGUUGCUGGGCAUUUUUUUGGGUUAAUUAUCUGUUUUGGAAGCAUCCCUUGUUGGAAGUUGUUGUAAUUCUUAGCUGAUCGAUAGUUUCCAGUUUUACAAACUUUGAUUUUACAGGGGGAAGAAGGAAAAGGUAGUGGCUGUUUAUCUCGUCUCUCACGAAAGGCUUUUCUGUACUUACAAAAGAAAUGGACUACAUGGCUGGAGGAAAUAACAACGCCGCCAAUCUGGCUUCUAAGCAGAGGCUUCGCUGGACUAAUGAACUUCACGAGCGAUUUGUUGAUGCUGUCGCUCAGCUUGGUGGGCCAGAUCGGGCUACUCCCAAGGGUGUUCUUCGAGUGAUGGGUGUACAAGGUUUAACUAUUUAUCAUGUCAAAAGCCAUUUGCAGAAAUACAGACUUGCCAAGUACCUUCCAGAUUCCUCAGCUGAUGGAAAAAAGACUGACAAAAAGGAUUCCAAGGAUAUGCUUUCUGGUUUAGAUGGUUCAUCUGGCAUGGAAAUUACUGAAGCACUGAAACUACAAAUGGAAGUGCAAAAGCGACUGCAUGAGCAGUUGGAGGUGCAAAAGCAGCUGCAACUGCGCAUUGAAGCACAAGGGAAGUAUUUAAAGAAAAUCAUUGAAGAACAGCAACGCCUAAGCGGAGUCCUUUCAGAUGUACCAGGCAGUGGGGUUACUGACAAUUGUCCAGAUACUGAAAUGAGGAAUGACCCUGGAACCCCUGCCCCUGCUUCAGAGCCUGCCGUUCUAGAUAAGUCUGGCAAGGAACAUCCUUCUGGCAAAAGCCUCUCCAUGGAUGAAUCAUUCUCAUCUCCUCAAGAACCUCAAACUCCGGAGUCUGGUUGUCAUGUCAACCUAUUUGACAACAUCGAAAGUGACAGGUUAUUGAAGAAGCAACGUGUUGCCUUGGAUGCAGCAUUUGCGAAGCCGGAUAUGAUGUUUACCCAGCAGCUACCAGGCAUGCGUUCAAUGUUUCCGACGAGAGAGCACUUUGAAUAA